UGAUAAUGGCAUGAGCCUAGAUUAAAUUUUAAGAUAAGACAAUCUGGAAGGAAAUAUGACGUUUGCAUUACAAGAUUGUGCUGGUUGAUGUGGAAAAUGUCAGUGUUACGCGAGACUGAUUUAUCGCUGGCGGCCACGCGACCGGGCGGACACCGGACACGACACAAUAUAUCCGCGCCAUGUGGUUGACCGAGUGCGCGAGCGCACGGCGCGGGGGGAUGCCGGUGCGCAAGGGGCUGCUGGCGCCCCAGAACACCUUCCUCGACACCAUCGCCACGCGCUUCGAUGGCACACAUAGCAACUUCGUGCUGGGCAACGCGCAGGUGCCGGCAUACCCGAUCGUGUACUGCUCGGACGGAUUCUGUGACCUGACGGGGUGGGCGAGGGCACACAUCAUGCAGAAGGGCUGCGCCUGCAAGUUUCUCCACGGCGCGGACACUCGGGACGAACAUCGGCAGGAGAUCGACGCGGCGCUGGACUCCAAACAUGAACUCAAACUCGAACUUAUAUUUUAUAAGAAAAAUGGUUCUCCCUUUUGGUGUUUGCUCGACAUUGUUCCAAUUAAGAAUGAAAAACGUGAAGUGGUUUUAUUCCUCGCCUCGUUCAAGGACAUCACUAACACCAAGAUGGCCGCUAUGACCACUAAUGAGGAGUUCGACAGCGGAGCCGCGGUGCGGCCUUCGGCUGGCGUGGUCACUCUAGCGUUAUCCCCAUUUGUACCCGCAGCGGCACUCUUGGGCGCCCGGUUCCGCGCUGAAUCUAGUUGCCUACUUCCAGACCCGAAUGGCAAUUUGGACCCAGAAGCGCCGUCGCCUGCCAACAUGGGCAGACGGCGAUCUAGAGCGGUACUUUAUCAGCUUUCAGGACAUUAUAAACCGGAAAAAACGAAGAGCAAAAUUAAACUAAACAAUAACCUGCUUCACUCAUCCGACCCGCCGCUGCCUGAAUACAAAACGUCCGCUAUCAAAAAAUCUAAAUUUAUAAUAUCACAUUAUGGCGUAUUCAAAACAUUUUGGGACUGGCUGAUACUUAUAGCCACGUUCUACGUUGCGGUCGUGGUACCGUACAACGCCAGCUUCGUUGAUGAAGGUCAUCCCAGGAUCAGCGUCACAUCUGACGUUGUGGUUGAAGCUUUAUUUAUUGUCGAUAUACUACUUAACUUCCGAACAACUUUUGUAAGCAAAAAAGGAGAGGUGGUGUCGGAUUCUAAGGCAAUAGCUUUUAAUUAUUUAAGGUCGUGGUUCGUGGUGGAUCUUCUGGCCGCGCUUCCCUUUGACCUACUUUACGCGUCCGACGUGUACAGCGGCGCGGAAUCUACUCACGGGAACGUGCAUUUAGUGAAGCUCACGAGGUUGUUACGCUUGGCGAGGCUGCUGCAGAAGAUGGACCGAUACUCGCAAUACUCGGCCCUCAUUUUAACACUUUUGAUGUUGUCAUUCUCGCUCGUCGCGCACUGGCUCGCUUGUAUCUGGUUCAUUAUCGCCGAAAAGGAAAUUGAAAAUCACAGAAACGAGAGCUGGGAUCUAGGAUGGAUAAACAAUUUGGCGGAGCGGCUGAAAGUGCCGGUGCCUGAGAUAUCACACAGUGAGAGCUACGUCACCGCGCUGUACUUCACUUGCUCUUCUCUCACCAGCGUUGGCUUUGGAAACGUCUCCGCUAACACUUUACCUGAGAAAGUAUUUAGCAUCCUUACUAUGCUCAUAGGAGCACUCAUGCACGCCGUUGUGUUCGGUAAUGUAACCGCCAUUAUUCAAAGAAUGUACUCGCGCCGGUCCAUGUAUCAGAGCAAGUGGCGCGACUUGAAGGAUUUCCUCAUCAUCAAUCAAGUCCCCAAGGAACUCAAGCAACGCAUGCAAGACUACUUCCAAACCAUGUGGUCCCUCAACCACGGGAUUGAUAUUCACGAGACUCUAAAGGAAUUCCCUGAAGAGCUGAGAGGCGAUGUUUCAUUACAUUUGCAUCGAGAGAUCCUAUCGCUUCCAAUUUUCGAGUCGGCGUCCCAAGGAUGCUUAAAGCUACUAUCGUUGCACAUUCGUAACAACUUUUGCGCUCCUGGCGAGUACCUCGUCCAUAAAGGCGAUGCGCUCACAUACAUUUAUUACAUUUGCAACGGUUCAAUGGAAGUAAUGCAAAACGAUAUGGUCGUCGCUAUUCUAGGCAAAGGAGACUUGGUGGGCUGUGAUAUGAAUGCGCAUUUACAUGCAUACAAUAUGGGACAGUCACAAAAUAACAACCAAGACUCGGUCAUCGUGAAAUCUAGUAGCGACGUUAAGGCUCUCACAUAUUGUGAUUUAAAGUGUAUAGCUAUGAAUGGUUUAGCAGAAGUCCUUCGACUCUAUCCAGAAUACCAGCAAGAGUUCAUUCAGGAUAUCCAGCACGAUCUCACUUAUAACCUUCGAGAAGGCUACGAAGCAGAGCAAGAGUCAGACGGCAAUGGCCACCCCUCCCUUACGCUGCCUUCCAUUUCAGAAGAUGAUGAACUUAUAGCAGAGGAAGGUCUUUCCCCUAAAAUUAAGCCACCGCCUUCUAGCAUCACUAAUAGUCCUCGCCUUCUUAAAUUCAGACCAGACGGACAGCGAUUAACGCACAGGGAAUUACGGGAGAGAAUAGAAAGACAGCGUUCUGUUGCAACGCCUAAAAUUACGAAAGCCGAUUCAUUGGAGGGAUUAAAUUUAGAAGUGUACAACACGCGGUCUUCUGUAGAUAGACUCGACACACAGGUAUCGAGCUUGCAUCACGACGUGGCCGCGCUCAGCAUGGAGGUACGGCAUGCAAUACAAGCAUUGCAGGAGAUGACGGCAGCGCCGCCGGCCGGCUGGCACUCGGCGCAUUCGAAUCCCAACCUGCAGUGGAAUACUCCUCCCAAUCAACUCGCGCGCAGCUGUAGCCAUCCUCCUGACGUCUUCUGCUGGGAUCAGCAAGAACGGCCGAGCACGCCUGACCGUUUGAAAGUACACCGUCACACGCAGACGGAACCCUUCCUUCAUUCCAUUACACAAUACAUCCUUGAGCACCCUGCCACGGUGAUGCUCUUGCUUGGCCUCGAACCGGUGACGACACUAGCGCCGGCACCUUCCGCGGUCGACUACUAUGACCCUCGGAGUCGCAGACCGAGCACGCUGGAACAAAUCGUAGAAUCAGAGAACGGCAGCCAAACCCCUUCAAGUACAGCAAGCGAAAAUUUCGAACUCAACAGAAGCCUCAGCGAAAGCGUCAAAGACAUCGAUAUACAGCCUGAAGUGAAAAAACUGGAGCGACAAGACGCAAAAAUAAGUAAUAUGAAAAGGAAUAGGUAUUCUGCAAGUGAUUUGAGCGACGAGACGGAGCGGCUGCUCUCGACCUCGCUGCCCAGCACUCGCAGCCUUAAGUUUAAUAUUAACAGUUAAGUUUACUGAAGACAAUUCCAUUUCCGCGAUGUCGUGUUUAAUAUUGUGCUCAUUAGUCUUUAGAACUUUGAUGUAAAUUAUUUACCAAAUAGAUUUAAUCAAUCGCGAUUAAAUCAACCUUGGGUCAAUGUGAUGAUGUUUCGAUACUUACAAUUAACGUAGCUAGGCCUCGAAGAGACUCUAUUAGAUGUAGAAGAUAAAUUACUAAUUUAUAUCAGUUUAAUUUUAAGCCCAAUGAUGUCUUUGUUCAACAAAGUCUAAAUACUGAUGGAACCUCGUUCAUGUUUACAAUACGAUUGUGUACAUAUCAUUAUCUUGAUUGUUUAACUUACUAUUAUUAACAGAAUGUGAGUUCUAUUUGAAAAAUCUCUAGUCACUUGUACUUAUUAGAUUUAAGAAAUAACGUGAGAGGUAUGUUGAGUUUAUGACAGUAUUACCUACUCGUAACUAUUCUAAGAUUUGAGUCCCUACUGUUAUUUUUAAGUUAAGUUGUAAUGCAAUCAAUUAAAGUUAAAUAUACAUCUUAUUACUAGGGACCCUGUAUUACUGAAAUGUAUUUUGAUCAAAGCAAGAAAAAGCAUAUCUAUAGCUAAAUUGUUGUAUACAUAUGGACCCGUACCGCUUCGCGCGUACCUAUAAUACAUAUUAUCUAGACAAUACAUAAUCUGUAGAUACGUACCUAUUACCACAACUGUCUUCGCGUCGAGGUAUUUAGGUGUACGACUUUAAAUAUUUUUAGGUAGAUUAUAAACUUAAUUACACGUUUUUGAAUUUGAUCUCUAUAUUUCAAAACUAUACUAUUUCAAUAACUGGACGUGUAUAAAUAGUAAUUUCUAUGUGGUCUUCCUGUAAAUGUAUAAAUUGAUAUUUUUAUGAAAAAGUCGAAAUUGUACUUUCUAAAGUGUAUUUUAUGUCAGAUUUGCCAAAUAAGGAAAAUAAGUAUGCAAUUAAACAACGUGCCAAUGUUAAAAGGAAAACUUUAUCAGUUAUGGGUACUUAUUAUAAUAACUAAAAUGUAAAAGUGAAGUAUUACCUACAGAAAACGUUUCAUAAUCAGUUAGUGAGCUAAGUAAAACCCCGUCUACUAACGAGAUGAGCCCGUAGAUUGGAUUAAAAAAGUUUGCUUUGUCAAUAUAAUAUAAGAGUCGAAAUUUGUUAAUCAUUUAGUCCUCAGUUUCAGUUCAUCGAUCCAAACCAUUGUGGAAUGAGGACUGAAGACAUUUCGAUCUAGAGUCUAUGGAUUAUAUAAACUUUUGCAUCAAAGAAACGUUACAGUUUGUCCAUUCGAAAGGACUUUUCAAUUUUCACUUUCCUCCACGAGCACCUAAUAGUAUUAAACAUAAUAGAAGAGACACUUCAUAAUAUCAGCUCAGCAUAGUUAAUCAUGUUUCCAAAUUGUAUUAAAGCAUAUCAUGUGUUCAAUUUCGCGCAAAAUUAUUCUUCAAAAUGUUAAAGGACAAAUUAAUCCAUCACAUUUUGAGGACAAUGGUCUUUAGUCUGCGUCGGCACUGAUUGUUUCAAUAGUCCCUAAUGCGAUUGGGGUCAAAGUUAUAGAAUAUUAAGGUCAAUAAAAGGACAAUGGAGUAGCAACAUUGGUUGUUAAAAUUAAAAAUCAAUAAACGUUUCGUUGCAGAGUAUUUAAUUAAAACUUUAGUCCAGUUACGAAGCUAUGCGGACUACGAGUAUGUGGUUUUAUGUCAGAUGUCUUACGCCCCCUGAAAAACGGUUCACGUAGCCUUUGUAAAGGCAAAAUGGUGCCAUGACUAACUCUAGUUUCUAAGCAAGCACUUACACGGUUCCUUUUAAGUACUCGGCCCUGUUGCCUCAGGUGAAUCACCCAUAAACAUGUAAAUUGCUGUAUUUAAGAUCAAAGGAUAUAAGGUAAAGUGGCUUGAUGCCCACGUCCCGGAUAGUAGUAACAUAACAUUAACAUAACAUUAACAAAUACCUCUUUUCUCGUACAACCCAAAAGUAUCUAAAUGUUUCCUUUAAAACAUACGCUAAAAUAAAACAGUUUGUGCCUAUAUGACCUAUAAAACUUCAUUUGCUGUUUGUUGUGUGCUGUCCGAUCUCAACUGAAAGGCCAAAAAAAAAACAUUGUACAGAAUAAACGGUGCGCGAAUCGAAAAUUAAUGCACCUGGACACGUGCAACGUAAUAAAAUGAACCUAUCUGCUCGCCCGCCUCCGAUUUGAUUUGAAUAUGUAGCAAUCCGCUAGAGUGCUUGUAAACUUUACAAUAAAUUCCAUUCCAGUCGAUUUCAUGAAAUUAUUCGCCCUUUUACACUGUGUCCAUUGCCGAUUCAUCGUAUCUGUUGUUUUUCUACGUGUUUCUACCUAUAUUUCCGCUUGGCAAAAUAAAUAUUGUUCUCAAUUGACGAUGUUAGAGAAAAGCAUGGGUACUAUUAUAUUCUAUGUAUCUAAUGCAAUAAUACUAAUAUUGGACCUGCAAUAAGUUGUAAUUGAUUAUUGUACAACCCAUUCUAUCAAUAUUAUUAUUUCUAUAAAUUAUAAGUAUGUAUGUAAAAAAUCGGUUCUACAAUAACUCAAACAUAAUGUAUGUAAUAUGUUUUAACAUUUACGUACCCUUAUUUAGUUUUAUAAUGAGAUUUGCGAGAAUUGUCUGUGUAACUAUUUUAGCUUGUCAACGGAAAACGACCCUUGCAUCGGAUCCGUCAUCAUCCGUUAAAAAAGCAUUAGUAUUUCCGAGCUUCAAUAGCAUCAGUAACGUCUGUAUUCAGAAAUUCAAUGUUAAACCUUACAAUUAAGUUACAUAAUUGAACGAAUAUCAACACAGAUGGGUAUUCUCAUACGUGAUUGAGCUCUUGCCGAUCCAAAUCUAUCUUUAAUACCUAAUUAUUGUUAUAAGGAAGGAAACGCUUACUAGAAUAAUUGAGUAAUAUUCGAGAGUUCGUUGUAUAGAGCCUGUGAAUGUGAUAUGAAGAGGAAACAAGUGCAGUGCCUAAAUGUUCAUUUAUGUGUGUACUUACUUGUUACUAUUAUUUUUUAAUAAGACCUUGAAUAAUAUUUUACUAUGCAUAUGAACUACGCGCGUAAACAUUUUGUACAUAGCUAACGUUACGAUGAAUCUAUAUCUUGUAGUACAAAGUAUUAGUUAUUGAAAGUUUAAUAAAGACGAAUUGAUGUUAA